UUUCAGUUCGGCGAGCGCGGGUCCGGCCUCCGCCCCCGAGGAGAAGUCCAGGACUUCUACUCGCUGAGGCAGCAGUGUAUGGACUCCGGAACCUUAUUCGAGGACCAUGACUUCCCUGCCGAGGACAGCUCCAUCUUCUUCUCUCGAGCUCCUCCUAAGCCCUUCGAGUGGAAGAGGCCGCAUGAAAUUACAGAUGAUCCUUGCCUCUUCAUCGAUGGAGCUUCAAGGUUUGACGUGAAGCAAGGAGAAUUGGGCGAUUGCUGGCUCUUGGCUGCCAUUGCGAACCUGACGCUGAACAAGCGCCUCUUCUACCAGAUCGUCCCGAGCGACCAGGGCUUCGGAGACAAUUAUGCCGGGAUUUUCCACUUCAGGUUCUGGCAAUACGGUCGCUGGGUGGACGUGGUUGUCGAUGACCGCCUCCCCACCUUCUACGGCCGUCUGGUGUUCAUGCACUCGGAGGAGAAGAACGAGUUUUGGUCGGCCUUGGUGGAGAAGGCCUAUGCCAAGCUGCACGGUUCCUACGAGGCCCUGAAGGGAGGCACAACUUGCGAGGCUAUGGAAGACUUCACGGGCGGCGUCUCUGAGAUCUACGACCUGACCAAGGCCCCUCCGAACCUCUUCAACAUCAUGCUUAAAGCUUACGAGAGGGGCUCGCUCAUGGGGUGCUCGCUGGAGCCUGACCCCAACGAAGUCGAAGCCCGCUGCAACAACGGCCUUGUCCGUGGUCACGCCUACUCCCUUACGCGCAUCAAGUACUGCGAGAUUGAGACUCCCCGCGUCUCGGGCAAGAUCCCCCUGGUUAGGAUCCGCAAUCCUUGGGGUAACGAGGCCGAGUGGCUCGGGGCGUGGAGUGACAAGAGCCAGGAGUGGCAGUUCAUUCCGGACGAGGAGAAGGAGGAGAUGGGAUUGACCUUCGAGCACGAUGGAGAGUUCUGGAUGUCUUGGAAGGACUUCCUCGCCAACUUCACCAUGCUUGAGAUGACCAACUUGAACCCGGAUUCCCUCGAGGACGAAGACAUGACGGGCUCCGUGAAGCACAAGUGGGAGAUGAGCGUCUUCGAGGGAGCGUGGAUUCGCGGCUCCACGGCUGGUGGCUGCAGGAACUUCUUGAAUACCUUCUGGCACAACCCCCAGUACCGCAUUACCCUAACGGAGGUCGACGACGACGACGACGACAACAAGUGCACAGUCAUCGUGGCCCUCAUGCAGAAGAACAGGAGGUCGCAGCGGAAGCUUGGGCUCGAGUGCCUCACCAUCGGAUUCGCAAUCUAUCAUCUCCGCGACCCAGACUCCGCACCAAGGCCCCUCGACGCCAACUUCUUCAAGUACACCGCCUCCGUCGCCCGGUCUCCUUCCUUCAUCAACAUGCGUGAGGUCUCGUGCCGCUUCAAGCUCCCUCCUGGCACGUACUGCAUCGUGCCCUCGACGUUUGAGCCCAACGAGGAGGGAGAGUUCAUCCUGAGAGUGUUCUCGGAGAAGUCUAACGAGAUGGAAGAAAACGACGAAGAGGUCGGACUUGGCGAAGUUGAUGAAAGGGUUCAGCCCGAGGAUGAGAUCCAAGCAGCAGAAGCAGACGAUAGAAUCCGCAGUUUCUUCCAAAAAGUGGCUGGCGAAGAUUUGGAAAUUGAUUGGAAAGAACUGCAAGACGUGAUGAAUUUCGCACUGAAGAGAGAAUUCAACUUCGACGGCUUCUCCAAGGACGUGUGCCGCGCCAUGAUCGCCAUGAUGGACGUCGACAGGUCCGGAAAGCUCGGUCUGCAUGAGUUCCUUCAGCUGUGGACAGAUAUUCGUGUCUGGAAGAACGUCUUCCGCCUGUACGACAAGGACUCGUCCGGCCACCUCUGUUCCUUCGAGCUGCGUCAGGCUCUUAACUCUGCAGGGUACAGGUUGAACAACCACGUAUGCAACGCCCUCAUGCUACGCUACGGGGAUGACCAAGGGCAGAUCUCCUUCGACGACUUCAUCAUGUGUCAUGUGUCAAGUGCGAUGAUGGGCAUAGGGGAUGAUCCCGACAGACUGCAAGAAUUUUACGACGAGUUGAUGAGCGAAGAAGGGACGAAGCAGCAACAGGAGGAGGAGGAGGAGGAGGAGGAGGAGUAGAGAGAAACAUCGAUGUGGAUCUGAUAUCAUUUGAUUUGAUAGACAUUCAUGGAGAAGGAUAUGGAGAAAAAUAACACAGCGACAUUUACCCUCGAGGAAUGGAUUGAAAAUACGAUGUAUUCAUAGACAGAGAAGAUUUAGAAGAAGACGGAGAAGGAGAGAGAAGAGAAAAUAUCAAAAGGAGAGAGAGAGAGAGAGAGAGAGAGAGAGAGAGAGAGAGAGAGAGAGAGA